AGCCAGCAGGUAUGGCUCUUGAGAAGAGCGAGCCGUCGGAUGGGGGGAGAAAAAGACGUGGGCUAGUUGGAAAGAUGCAAGGUUAGUUUUGGCCAUGGACCCUAGGAUAGUAUAUCGACGCGAAACUAGAACAAAGGGUAGAAAGAGGUCUCAUGAAAGAGUCAAAACAAAGAAUAAAAGACUGCCCGUUCGACGGAAUUCAACGGUGCCGAGCACCGAAGCCGGCGGAUCGGAAGCACUCACCAGCCAGACGCAAAAGAAAAGACGCGGGUAAGAGAGAAAAAAAAGAAAUGGG